CUCUCUCUCUCUCUCUCUUUUGCAUCCCAUCCUCCCCUCCCCUCAGCCUCAAUCACCCAGACACAGACGCAUGCAUGCUCACGCAGAAUCGCGCGCAGCAGGCGGAUGCGCACAUACACACUUUCUCCCUCUCUCCCUUACUCACACACUCACACACACUCACACACACACACACACACAUACACACACAUACUCACACACCCUUCCUGGAGGUGCUGGGAGCAGCUGCAGCAUUAGCGUUGAAAGAGAUUUGCCGUUGACUGGAGUUUGCAUCCCCCCUCCCCCUUUUAAUGAAUGGAUUCUAUGGCGAUCAGCUCGGGAGCUUCUUCCGUUGGAUUGAGGGAAACGUUGGAUAUCUAUUCUUGAAUUUAUUUAUUUAUUUCUAUGCUCUCCAUUUUUUUCUCCCCACCCACUGCUGGUGUGCUGUUGUCGAAAGGACGAUGGGGUCUUGUGCUUGAUCGGAUAAAGAUGGAGGUGAACGUAGUGUCUCCAGUGCUUGGCAUACUGUUCAGCUUUCACUGCCCCUCGGGAUGAAUGGAGCUUUUAUUUCCGUUGCUUUUUUUAAGCGGGCUCUUUUGUUUUACGGGGCUCGGCCGAUCACUCCUGUGGUGAAUUGAGCUAUUGUCGAAGACUGGGCCUCUUAAGCUUUGAAUCUGUGACCAGCCAUCCAUCUCCUCCUUUCCUCCCCCCCCUUCUAUUCAAAAGGAACAAGCAGAUCCUAAAAGCUCCACUGAAAUCUUUUCUCACCGUCCUCCUUGCUUCCAAUGCCCCAUUUCCCUCAUCUCUACCCCUGCCCCCCCACCUCUCUCCCGCUCCCUCCUCCCACAUCAGAGUGGCUACGUAAUGUGCCUCCCUACGCAUGCAAAUGGAGAUGCUACAAAUGGUGGCUGGGACUGAUGUCGAUGAAAGGGUGAUGCCUUGUGCAAUCACCUGCACCUCUGCAGCCACUGCCAUCGCUCUAGAUCCGCCUGGGGGAGCCCAGCAGCCGAUGACAACCACCCACAGUGCGAACGCGGUCCUUUGUAGCUUGCGCGUGGAUGUAAAUGAGACGUAUGAAUGUGUGUGAAGGUGCACACUGGUUUCUGCCAUGUCUGGUGUGUGAUCGCUCUAGCGGGACGUUCUCACUGAUGCGGGGGAGGCACUGAGCCUGAGGUUGGUCGACCUCCCCCUUCCCCACCACCCUCUCUCCUUCCCCCUCCUCCCCAUUCCACCAAUCCCCACAACCUCACCACCUUAUCCCAGAGGCCCCCGGGGAGCGAAGGCCACGUGGUAUAGGGGUCACGAUGAAGAAGAACCGCAGCGGUAAUCUGCGGCGGGCCUGGCCCAGCUCGGAGCUUCCCGAACGCCCGCUGGAGCACAGUCUUUCCCGUAGUGAGAAAGACAUCCGUGUGCAGAAGCAGCAUCUUCCUCCUCCUCCUCCGCAUUUCUCUCCGUCCCCACCAAGUUAUCGUGCGCCAGGUGAUGUGUCUCCGAUCAGUAUGUCACCUAUCAGCCAGUCACAGUUCAUCCCACUGGGGGAGAUCUUGUGCUUGGCCAUCUCUGCUAUGAACUCUGCCCACAAACCUGUCAACCAGGAGGCACUGGUGGAGCACCUCACUGCCAGCUUCCCAGGGGUGCCUACACCCAGCUCAGAGGUUCUGCGACACACCCUGAACAUGCUGGUGCGAGAGAGGAAGAUAUACCCAACUCCAGAGGGCUACUUCAUCGUCACUCCCCAGACCUACUUUAUCACUCCCUCCCUCAUCAGAACAAACAAUAAGUGGUAUCACCUGGAGGAUCGGCUGCCAGAACGUCAGCAGCAGCCACCGCAGCAGCAGCAGCAGCAGCAGCAACCUCAGCACUGCACCUCUCCUCAGUCUGGCAAUGUCACACCAUCCACGCAAGGCUGUCUAAGGGAAAGGCCCCCUCGCAAGAACCAUGCAGACUCAUACAAUUCCUAUCGGGACGACCCUUCCAGACAACAUGCCCCUGCGCUUCAAAGUAAGUCACAGAAGGAGCACAAGGGAGAUUCCUAUCAAAAUAAGCCACCCAAGGAUCACAAUGGUGGGGAGCCUCUUCCAAGCACAUCGGCCAAGGAGCACCGGGGAGAGCCGCCAUCAUACCCCUAUCCUCCAGCUCCCACUUCCCCUCCUAUCCAGCCACCAACCCCUCAAGAUCAAGCUGAGAAGAGCAAAAGUGUCCCUUCCUUUCCGUAUAAAACUGACACUCUGACCAAAAAGAAAGAAGGAAGCAGUGGUGGUGGAAAUGGUGAGAAGCAAUCUAAAAGGUUUGGACUCAGGCUUUUCAGACUGAGUUUCAAGAAGGACAAAAUGAGGCAGCUGGCCACCUUCUCAGCCCAGUUCCCACCAGAGGAGUGGCCCCUCCGUGACGAGGAUGUGCCAACCACACCUAUUCCCCGUGAGGUGGAGAUGGAGAUAAUUCGUAGAAUUAACCCUGACCUAACCGUGGAGAAUGUCGCAAGGCAUACGGCCGUGAUGAAGAGGCUGGAGGAAGAGCGCACUCAGAAGAACAAAGCGGGGUCUGCCCAGCACAGUGCACGCAGCAGGAGGGGCAGAGGCCACCGGAGGGCUCCACAUGGCAAGUCGCGCUCUCAUAGUAAACCCCGGACGUCCAGGGGAGACCCAUCUGAGGGUUCAAACUGGGAUCUUGUGUUUAUGGAAAGGGAUUUCCGUUUCUUUAGCCACUCGUUAGUUCGCUCGCCUCGGGAAGCUAUGUACACGUUGGAGCGCAGACGAAGUGGAGGAGCAACGUACCUGGUUCACAGCAACCCCAAUAUUACUGAAUCCUACUGCCCUGUUACCCCUGAGUGGGACGUGUCUGGGGGGCUUGCCAAAAGGGGGACUGAGAUGCCCUUCCCUGAGCCUUCACGUGGAACAUGCCAGUCCAGAGUGCAAAGAAGUCAUAGUCACAAUCAGGACAGGAAGUCACGUCAUGAACGGUCAGAUCAAGCUAAAGAACGAUCUCGAUCCAUGGACAACUCUCUUAAGGGCCCGUCGCUGGGUGCACCAGAAGACUUUGAACCCAGUCUGGAGGAGCGUAGUCAUUACUACACUGAUGAUGGCACCUUGCGGGCCACACAGAAGUCCUCUCAUUACUCAAGGAUCAUGUUCUCUGCUGCUAAGUUCCACUCUGAUUUUAAUGUGCCUGAUUUGGGGAAAGGAAGUUUGGACGAGUCGAGGAUCCGGAGUACGAUGGAGAGGAACAAAAGCAGAGACAGCUUGCCGACGUACAAUGAACUAAUGGGACUUUCUCCUAAGCCCUCAACAGAUGAGUACUUCCAGUGCAAUACAUCAAAUGAAACAAUCCUUACUGCCCCUUCGCCUCAGGCAAAAUCAGAAUAUGACACAUUAACCUCAUCAGGGGGACUCCGAAAGGGCUCUCCAGCUGACCGACAAACGCCUCACCUCACCUCUCCUCAUACAAUGGAGUACAAAGAGGACUUGUCGGCAGCAAAGGGACAGAGCGGCUCGGCGCGACUGACGCCAAGCCAGACGCCAGAGCCUGCACAAAAUGCCCGUUUGACGCCACACCAACACAACGUAGAUCCUGGAGGGGGAGGAGGCAGCAUGGUAAUUAAGAGGAAAGAGAUCUUCAGUAAGGACACUUUGUUCAAACCUCCACUUAAUGCCUUGUCCACUGGCUACGUGGACAGCAGCUACACCAAGUCCGGCACAUUGCGGAAAGCCUCACAUGCCAAAUCAACAGAGGCCCUAGACAAUCCUGAGCCCCAGCAGCCUUCCAAUUCAGCCACUUCCUCAGCGCCACCUGCAGUUUUACAGAGCUGCUUAGAGCCAACAGUCCCCUCUGCCUCCUUUGACUAUUAUAAUGUAUCAGAUGAUGAGGAGGAGGAAGAGGCAGAGGAGGACUCGCACAAAGAGUUGGCAACGGCAGAGGACAACAAAGACCGUGGAGAAGGGGGUGGUAAUGGUGGAGGCAGCGGUGGUGGUGGAGAGGGAACCAUGCAGUGGCUCCUGGAACGGGAAAAGGACCAUGAUCUGCAGCGGAAACUGGAGACCAAUCUGACUCUACUCAGCCCCAAGGAGACAGAGAAUAGCAGCAGCCAGAAGUCGGCCCAUUCUGCCCGUUUGGACAGCAUGGACAGCAGUAGUGUCACAGUGGACAGCGGAUUCAACUCACCCAGAACACGUGAAAGCCUUGCAUCCAACACAUCCAGCAUUGUGGAGAGCAAUAGACGGCAGAAUCCAGCGCUGAGCCCCGGCCACAUUGGCACCAGCGGCAUUGGACUGCCAUUCAGCUUUCGCGCCAUCCCUGAGCCGCCCACCACACAGCCUGAGAAACUCCAGAAGUCAUCGAACUGCCUGGCCUCCAUCACCAGCGUCUGACAGGCAGCGCGGACUGAGAAAGUGACAGUGGUGGAGGAGGGAGGGAGUGAGGUGUUUCACCAUUUUUGUUCCUCACUUUCCUCUACCAACACAUACAUGAACUCUGUCUUACACAAAUACACACACAUCUUCAGACUCCUGAGGAUCCAUUUACUGGGACUGUUAUAAAAACAGGCAUGGCUUCAAGAGACUGUUCCUACAGCAUAAAGAACUUCAAUGCAAAAAAGAGAAGAGCAGAUAUCAAGGCCGCAAAAGGUGCAGAAACUUACAUGAAGUACCUGGAUUUUGGUGACAUGGACUCUAGUUUGGCUUAUAUCAAGAUUCUUGAUUACUGGUACUGGAAAGUAGUAGACUAUAGGAUUCAAGUUACAUUUGGAAAUAUCAAAAAACUUUUUAUAUUGCUUAACAAUACAUGUCCGAUUAAAUGUUCUCCUUCCUGAAAUAGCAUUAAGUUCUUCAGGACAAUUUCAUGCAUCAGCACAAUGUCAAGAUAAUAAAAGUUGAUCCUGAGAACAAUGAAUGAAAGAUAUAAAAACAUAAAUCAGCUCAGAUUUGUGUACCGCAAUGCAAAUUAUGUAUGUAUACUCGAUACUUUUGAUAUCCUAAUUAUUAUAAUGGUGGUAUUAAAGAUGCUAUGUGACCAAAAUUAUGUUUGGAUGAAUGUUCGACUGCUUUAUCUGAUCUGGUGCUUUUGGUCAUUUCCCAUUCAUUUCUUUGACUCAAAUGAUCUCCUUUUUUUAAGCCCUUCACCUCCAUGUGGGAUGAAAAGCUUAGACUUUAAGUUAACAGAAUUUUACACAGACAUAUCCAUCUGUCGAUUUCUUGAGUUUUCAGUCAUUUUACAUUAUGCUGCAGAACACAUGGAAUGUCAUUUGUCAUGUUUAAACUAAAUCAAGUCUCAUGAAAAGGAAGUAUAUGUUGAAGUAUAUUAUACCACUCAAAACUUUAAGAUGGGGUCCAUGUCAAAGGUUUAUAUCCAGUUCUCUUUGAAUAAAUGUUGACUGGGA